UUGGCUUCAUUUCUCUCGUCCGCUUCAACAACGGUCAGUCGGUCUCCGGCUUCGUCUGGGGCGUGUUGGGAAUGCUCAGCACCGCAAGUGUGGCAGACUUCGCAGGCCGCUACCGGGCGCUGUACUUCGUCGACCAGCACCACGGCAUCGUCUUCUCCGACGCCAGCUACGCUGCACCUUUAAUGGUGACGGACGCAGUGUCGAUGGUGUUCUUCUUGGGCGCCUUCUGCAUUAUGGGAGUGCGAUGCAAGGUCUACUACAACAAGCCCAGGGGCACGCUUCAGAAGUCGAUGAACGAGGACACAAGAUCACCGAUGGGCGUCUUCGUAUGUUCGGUACUGUUCAGGCAUCUGAAAAACGUGGCCCUUCUGGGAAAGGCCGUCUACAGGGACCUGCCCAUCUCUAGUCAAAGAAUGCAGUGCGCUCCGCUCGCCAGAGACGUGUGUGCACGCCUGACGCGAGUGCAAGUCACGAAGACGCUGACGAGGUGGCGGCUCUUCUACGCCGUCAUGCGAACCGUAUGGGACGACCUCUUCUGGACUAUGCUGACCACAUUCACUUACUACGCCAACGUGCUGGGAAAGGUGCCUCUUCUUGAGCGUUUGGUGGAGGGCGGCGAAGAAGUGACGGUCACCACGUGGCUCUUCGUGGCGGCCUGCAUCGCUGACGCACUGCUGGCCUGCUACCAGAUGCACACCUGCUUCCGCCUGGGAAACCGCGUCCGCUGUCUCCUGCUGGGCGCAAUCUUCAGAAAGAUGGUGCGGCUGUCUCCCCGUGCCCUAGCUCGCAACUCUUCGGGCUACGUGCUCGCCCUGCUGGGAGGCGACUGCCUGCAGAUCUGCAUCGCCUGCACCCAGUUCCCGCUUCCCAUGACGGGAGCAUUCCUGCUGCCCGUCAUCAUCUACCUCCUCGGGCUCCGAGUGGGGGCAGCGGCGUCACUCUUCACGGCUCUGUGGCCCGCCGUGGCACUGAUGCUCAUCUGGCCGUCUACCGUGCUACAAGACCAACUGUGGAUGGUGCGGCUGUCUCCGCGUGCCCUUGCUCGCAACUCCUCGGGCUACGUGCUCGCCUUGCUGGGAGGCGACUGCCUGCAGAUCUGCAUCGCCUGCACCCAGUUCCCACUUCCCAUGACGGGCGCAUUCCUGCUGCCCGUCAUCAUCUACCUCCUCGGCCUCAGAGUGGGGGCGGCCGCGGCACUCUUCACGGCUCUGUGGCCCGCCGUGGCACUGAUGCUCAUCUGGCCGUCUACCGUGCUACAAGACCAACUGUGGGACAACGUGCUGAGCCUCCGCGACGAGCGGCUCAAACAGACGUCCGACCUUCUUAGUUCGGUGCGGCUGGUGAAGAUGUACGCGUGGGAAGAGGCCUUCUCGUCAGCCAUCAGCCGACUGCGAGCCAAGGAGGAAGAGGCCAGCCACAAGGUCAAUGUGCUCGACGGACUCAUCGACUCAAUUUACACCUCCUCGGCCUCACUGAUGACGAUCCUGCUGUUCGCUUCCGUGGCUUUCCUGGAUGAUGCUUCCGUUCUCACUCCAGCGGUGUCUUUUUGCUGCCUCUACCUGAUCUCGGCCACUGAUCUCAUCACCAGUUCAACUGCGCAGCUCCUGCGAAGCCGGAGCGUUGUAGGUUUGGCGAUGCUCCGGUACUGCGCUUUCUUUAGUGAAGAGGAACACCAGGACAGGCCACCUUGCUUCCUAGAGACUAGUGCCACCAAAGGUGAGGUGUUCAUCGAGAAGUGUGACUUCAGCUGGGACCCGGACAAGCAGGGAUUCAGCCUCCACGGCGUCUCGGUGGAGAUCGAGCCGGGCUCUCUCGUGGGCGUGGUCGGAUUCGUGGGCUCCGGCAAGUCCUCGCUGCUGGCCGCUAUCUUGGGAGACAUGAUAAGAACCCGCGGUUGGCUCGACGUUGGCGGUAAGGUCGCGUACGCCUCUCAGACGCCGAGCAUCUACAAUAUGAGCGUGCGGGACAACAUCCUGUUCGGCAACAGGCUGGAGCCGCUGCGCUACCUGACCGUGCUGAAGGCUUGCGAGCUGCAGGCCGACCUCUCCUCUUUCCCGGCGGGUGACCUCACCGAAGUGGGAGAGAAGGGCACAACACUAAGCGGCGGCCAGCGGCAACGUGUGGCCCUCGCCAGGGCCGUGUACAGCGACUCGGACGUGUACCUGUUCGACGACCCCCUCAGCGGGCUCGACGCCCAGGUGGCAUCGAGGGUGUUCAAGCAGGUCAUGGGAGCGCAGGGACUGCUCCGCAGAAAGACUCGAAUCCUCGUCAGCAGUCAAGGAAACUUGCUGAAGCACGUGCAACGUAUCCUGCUGGUGCACGACCGACGAAUCUUCAGCUUUUCCAACCUGACUGCGCUGCUGCUCGACCCAAACGCCCCGCGGACGCUGCGAACCAGUCAGAUUAUCCAGGCACCACCAGCGCAGACAGUCAAAAGCACCAGACUGAUCAUUGGGGAGGGGAAGGUCCUGGCCCCCCUGACCCCUGCACCCCAUUUUUACGCCGCUGCGCUGUACUCACAGAGCUCGCUGGAGGUGGUGCACCGCCUGCUGUCCUUCUCGGGAAUGUGGAGCUGGGCUUCCAUACUGCUGUUCGUGGCCUGCGCCGGCGCAGUCGCCGGUCAGCAGUUCUUCAUCAGGGCCUGGACAGAUGCCGUGGGGAGAAGGGUCGCCAACGAGGACAGACGACGCUCGGACGCUGCCUGGGUGGCUGGUCUCGUUUUCGUCUCUCUGUGCGACGUGCUGUUCCGCUGCCUGGGCGUGGUGGCCAUGGCGUGGGGCAACCAGCGGCUGUCGCAGCGGCUUCACGCCAACAUGCUGAGCCGGCUUCUGUCCAGCCCGACGCCUUCUUUCGACUCCACGCCCCGAGGUCGCAUCGUGACCCGCUUCUCGCUCGACCUGUACGCCGUCGACCUGCGCCUCUUCCUGAGCGGCAAGCAGUGCGUGCAGAACGUGCUCGUGGCCAUGGGCAAACUGUGCGUGGUCGCCAGCCAGGCCUCGAUCGUCGUGCUCGUCGGCUGCUGUCGGCGCGCUCGCAACGCUCGUGGCGCUGUGCACCUUCUCACUUCCGGCAGGUGUACAGCGUCCGCGCGGCGUCGCUGGUGCUGUACACGGAGGCGGCGCUGGUGGCCCGAGCCAUGCAGCACGUCGGUCGAGACCCGGGACACGCUGAGCACGGUGCGCAGCUUCGGCGCCGUGGGCCGCUUCUGCCGACUCUACUGCCGCCUGGUGGACGCCGAGGCCAGGGCGUUCGGCGCGUACCUCGCCUCCUACCGCGUCACCCGCUGCCUGGCCGCACUAGCGGGACUCGGCGUGGUGCUGGCCACCCUGGGAUUCACGCUCGCCGCCAGUGGCGGCUCCGCUAGCGCCGACGUCGGCCUGGCUCUCAGCUCGGCGCUGUCGAUACCGAUUCUGAUGAUGUCCAUCACGUUGUCGUUGUUCGCCGUCCUGCAACUGCUGGUGCAAUUCCAAAGAACUCUGGAGUACACGGAACUGCCACAAGAGGUCGGUACUUUUUUACUUUUAAACGUGCCCGCCCUGAGCAUGACCCUAGAGCCGAAAAAGAGGCCCUCGCUGCAAUUCCGGCGGCGCCGCAGCAACAGCAUUCUCCUCGAGGAAGUGUGGCCGACGAGGGGCAGAAUCGAGUUUCAGCGCUACACCGCAUCUUACCGACCCGGCGUGCUGCCCAACGUUCUCGUCAUAAUCUCCUUCUCAGUAAGCGCGCUUGCUUCGUCGCAGGUGGGCGUGGUGGGUCGCACGGGAGCCGGGAAGUCUUCAUUGGUGCAGGCGUUGCUUCGGGUGCUGGUGCCCACCGAAGGCCGCAUCCUCAUCGACAGUGUCGACAUCUCCUCGCUGACGCUCAAGAAGCUGCGCUCCGCCAUCACCGUCAUACCGCAAGACCCAACCCUUGUGACGGGAAGCCUGCGGGACAAUCUGGACCCCACCCGCAGCCACACUGAUGCCGACAUCUGGGACGCGCUCAAGAAGUCUCACCUGAGCGAGUUCGUGUCCAGGAACCCUCACGGGCUGGACCUGGCCGCUGGAGAGGGCGGUGCAAACCUCAGUGUCGGCCAGCGGCAACUGGUGUGCCUCGCGCGGGCCCUCCUGCGACGUCCCAAGAUGCUCGUCCUGGACGAGGCCACGUCGCAGAUGGACGGCGACACGGAUCGGCUCAUACAGAGCACGCUGCGACAGUGCUUCGCCGGAUGCACACUGCUGGCCAUCGCGCACCGGGUGCACACCGUGCUCGACUACGACAAAAUCCUGGUGAUGGCGGCAGGCGAGGUGGCCGAGUUCGGACCCACCAGGCAUCUCCUCGAGGAUCCGAGUUCGCUGUUCCACGAGAUCGCCAGGGACGCCGGUGCCAUACCUCCAAACGGGCUCCACAGCCCCAUCACUGGAACAGCCGUCUCCGUCCCGCGACCACGUACCAGCUUUGUCGCGGCUCGUAUCUUGAGCAGUGUCCCGCAGGCAUAAUCGCCGCCAUUCCUCCGAACGAGGCGUCCUGCCGCACCUGACAGCCGGAGGGAGUGUUACGUAAACACAAGAAAGCAAGAAAAAACUAGGUGGUAGCAUCCACGCGAUUUUCAUAGCCCCGGCUGUCCAACUUCUUCGGAAACCACCUCUCACAACCGGCGUGUGAUGCAUCCUGAGUAGGAUUGGGCCAACCACAGCAGACGCAACGAAAUCGAGCCGGCCAAUAGCAGUGCUUGACUAACGCGUGAACAAGACUUGUCCCCCCCUGCCUUUUUUUGUUUAAAUAGUAUUAGAGAAGAUCACGUGACACUCCCUCAAUGUUUCUUUCAUCCACGUAUAAAGCAGCCCGCCAAGAGCAUUGCCCAUUUAAGUCGCUCUGACUGGAUGUCAUAUUAGAUUAGAUCGGUUACGGUGGGUUUACCUGUGUGCCAGCCCUGGAGCUCUAUCCAAUCAGCGUGCGCCAAUAUGGGCUGCGCAGUAAGCGGACUCUCACAUAAUACGACGCGCAUACGUGUAGGGUACCAAGGGUGUGUGGUUACGCAAAAAUAUCUAACAACAAAUUCAUGAUGUACUACGGAAAGCGGAUCCUUACAGAAUACCACCGGUUAAAAUGUAGUGCACAAUGCGUGCGUGAGUAAACAAAAUUAUUCAAGAACAAAUCGACCUUAUGUGUCCUUACAGGGAAAAACGUUGAGUUAGUUGGUACGAAUUCAACAUAGAAAAUUAUCUACUCUUGGAAAACGCUGUCAAAGUGAGCUUCUGACAGCCUCUGGACUUGUACUUUAGAUGCCUCACUUUAGAGUAAUGCCUAGGAAAGGCAAGAAAAUGUGGCUAAGUUUACCAUCCCAUUCUGAAUACGAUUUCUUGCCAAGUCCUGAUUGGUAAACAAUAUCGCUAACUGAUCCGCAUGCUCUAUUUUCACAAAAAAAUUACCUGAAACUUGUUGACAGAAGCUUACCGACACUUCAAUAACGUAUGAUGAAAGAGACAACUUUAAAAAAAACUGUGAAAGUCAUUGAAUUGUUUCUUUUUUCGGAAAAUGUCGUGCCCCACUUCGUCGUUGUUUUGUUGUCAUCGUGGCGUUAUUCAAUUCGUAAUCAAUUCAGGCUUUAUAUGACACUUCACACAUCCCUGUUGUACUAUGUAUACACAGAAUGAAUUCGGCGUGCCCAGUCUCUGUGCUUGACAAAGUGGAUGUAAAUUCAAUGAAGGCUGGACUCACUCUCUGCGUUGGCCAUGCUUCCCAAGUGCCUUAAAGCAAAGCUCUGAGUUGACGGUGAACAUGUCUCGCCAUUGUGCCGGAAUCAACUCGAAUCAUAUACCAUGUGGCUACUGACAUACAUCACAGCAUGAUCCUGCUUUGCGAUGCAAAGCUGCGCUUCAUGUAGAAUAAUGCUGCCGGAAUGCCGGUGUCUUCAUCGUUAGCACGUGGAAAGCGUGCCAUAUACAGAAGAUAACCGUGUUAAUUGAAUGACAGAUGGAUUUGAUUAUCAAUAAAAUGUAUUUUGUAAUGCAA